AUGACAAAGAGGGAUGCAAAACCAAGGUUGUUGAGAUGGGUGCUUCUUUUGCAAGAAUUUGAUAUGGAGGUUCAGGAUAAGAAAGGAAUAGAGAAUGGUGCAGCUGAUCACCUCUCAAGACUAAGAGUGGAUUCUGAGAUCCCUCUUAAUGAUUCUCUACCUGAAGAACACCUUAUGGUGCUCAAGAGUUACAUGAAGGUUGAGGAGGUUGAUACCAUUAGAGAAAGAAGGUUGCCUUGGUUUGCUGAUAUAGUGAACUUCUUCUCAUGUGGGGUUGAACCACCAGAGCUAAGUGGAUAUCAAAAGAAGAAGUUCUUUAAAGACAUCAAGAAGUAUUUUUGGGAUGAGCCAUUUCUCUAUGUGCUCAACAAGGAUCAUCUAUACAGAAGAUGUCUAGCUGAGGAAGAGGUCCAGCCAGUCCUACAAGAAUGUCAGGGCUCAGCUUAUGGUGGACACUUGGGAGCUUUUAAAACGGUGGCCAAAGUAUUGCAAUCAGAUUUCAUGGGGCCAUUCAUCAGUUCUUAUGGGAACCAAUACAUCUUGGUGGCUGUUGAUUAUGUCUUCAAGUGGGUUGAAGCCAUUGCUUGCCCAAAUAAUGAUUCAAAGGUGGUGUGCAAGCUCUUUAAUAGUGUUAUCUUUCCAAGGUUUGGAAUACCAAGAGUGGUGAUCAGUGAUGGAGGUAGCCACUUCAUUAACAAGACCUUGGAAGGGCUGUUGAGGAAACAUGGAGUCAAGCAAAUCAAGGCCAUUUUAGAGAGAACAGUGAGCAACUCAAGGAAGGAUUGGAGCAAGAAGUUAGAUGAUGAUCUUUGGGCCUAUAGGACUGCUUUCAAGACACCUAUUGGCAUAUUUCCCUUCAACCUUCUCUAUAGAAAGAGCUGCCACUUACCAGUAAAGCUUGAGUACAAGGCUCUUUGGGCUGUUAAGAUGUUGAACUUUGACAUUAAGACAGCCCAAGAGAAGAGGCUUCUCCAGUUACAUGAGCUAAAGGAGAUAAGACUCAAUACUUUUGAGAGUGCAAGGAUUUACAAAGAAAUGACCAAGAUCUUGCAUGAUCAGAAGAUUCUUAACAGGGAGUUCAAGGAAGGAGAUUUUAUUCUCUUGUUUAACUCCAGGCUCAAACUCUUCCCUGGCAAGUUAAGAUCAAGAUGGUCAGGACCAUUCAGAGUUCUAGAGGUUAGAAGCUAUGGAGCAUUUGUCUUGGAAGGUAAGGAUGGCAAGGGUUUUGUGGUGAAUGGACAAAGAGUCAUGCAUUACCUGGUUUCAGAGAAGAGAGAGGAGGCUUCUACAGUUUCUCUUGAUGAUCCACCAACCUGUUAA